CUAACACUCAGACUUAAAAUAACAAGUGUUUAUGUUAAUAUUAAUAAACUUACAAAAUAGCUCCUUAAAGGAGUGAAAAUUAUAAAGAAAAUAGUUGGGCAGGUGUCAUGUCUAAACAUCGCAAACAGCUCCUCUCUGACCUGCAACCAAAUGGUGCCAUGUGAUAUUCAAAUAAAUAACUGUAUGUAUAAAGAAUGGAUGAAACCGCAGCUUUUCACUCCGACCAGUCCAGAGGAUCUGAAGGUUCAUGUAGACGUCAGAACGGAUGAGAACAGAGACUUGGUGCCUGUAAUCGUGGCCGAAUGGAAAGCAAGGGAUGAUGGGAGCAUUAUACAUUUGACUGGAACUGAGUUUCAAGUGACAAAGCAGGGCAGCGGCGAACACUUCUGUGUCCAUUACAUAUUUCACAAUAAGAUUACUACAAUGAGAAAUCCUUCUGGUGAACAGUGGUCUUUUUCUCUGGACAAAGUGGUUGUUGAUCCAGGUGAGACAUAUUUGGUGUCAGUUUCCAACCUCCCCAAGCCCAACUUAGCCUACACCAGUUACUACAUCAACAAAACUAUCCAAGUCUCGGGUUGUAAAAGUCCUGCUAUGCAGUCGACUCGAAUCUGUAUUGAAAGAGGAGAAAACUGGAAUCCCAGCAUUUCCAUGGUGAAGUCAGGACCUCAGAACAGGACACUUUUUGUUACCUUUGACACUGAUGAGCAUUCUGAAAGUUAUAAAGUCCAUUUGAAGUGCAAAGAACACAAAGAAACCCAAAAUCUCAGUAAGGAAAACAGGUCAUCCCUAAAUCUCAUGUUUGACCUUGAAGCUUGGCCACACACAUGCUGCAGUUUCACUGUGGAGAUCCAGCCCUUCUUUAAGUGUGGAAAUGACUGCUUACGGAAGCAAAAGAAUUUUAAUAUAUGUCCAGACCCACCUAAGCCACUCGCAGGUGCAGAUCAUUUGUGGAAGGUUUUUACUGGGUUGUUUGUCCUACUCUGCGUCCUUUGUGCCAUCUGUGCCAUUUGUUUGCGCUGCAGGAAGCAGAAGAAGGGUACAGAAAAACCCCUGAAUGAGCCCUUCACUUCAGAUAAUCUUCCAAAUGGUGAGUGUUCCGUGCUGAUCAUCUACUCAAGAGACCACCCAAAAUACACUGAUAUAGUGCUGAAGCUCUGUGCCUUCUUGAGGGCCAAAUGCGGUACGGAGGUUUACUUGGACCUCCUGGACACGGCCUCUAUUGGAGCCAUGGGCCGCUUGCAAUGGACGGAAUUACAGAAGCGUCGUAUAGAGCAAUCCUCUGACAAAGUGCUGGUCCUUUGCUCACGAGGAGUGCAGGCCAAGUGGGGGGCUAUGUGUGGCGAACCUCGAGUCCUCUUACGUGAGGAUGUUUGCUCACCAAUGGGAGACAUGCUGACACUCGCCCUGCAGCUCAUUACACCCGACAUGCAGCGGCCCGCCUCUUAUGGCAAGUACUUGGUAGCAUAUUUUGAGGAUAUCAGUGACGAAUAUGAUGUGCCCUCCAUGUUUGAUGUGGCAGUCAAAUACAAGCUAAUGAAGCACUUUGAAGAGCUCUUCUUCCGGAUCCUGGAUCUGGAGAAGUAUCAGAAGGGGAAGGUGCACACAAUUAAGGGCAUUGGCAUCGAUGACUAUAUCAACUGCCCAUCAGGCAAAGCUUUGAGGGACGCCAUUGAAACCUUCCAGGCUUACCAGUUAGAGAAUCCGGACUGGUUUGAAAAGGAGUGCUUAGCCAGUGAAGAUGAGGUUCCGGUAGAUGAGAGCAGACCUUUUCUUAACGGGAGUCCCACACCGGUUCAUAAGUGUGAGCCUGUGCUCAACAUCGGACCAUCCGUAUGCAAGUGUGAGGUGGAGAUACACCCUAUGGACCAGACCCAUAGUGUAUGGUCCACUGAAAUACCACAUCUUAACCUGGAAUAUGAGGAACCUUCUUUUCUAGAUAUCCAACCAGCAUGCCAGGAAUAUUCCCUCUGUCCAGUGGAAGUUAUGGAAGCCCCACUUGGUAUCCACAAAGCUGGGGUGUGCCAUGCAGAUUCGGAGAACCAUCCCUGCCUUUUAGUUGAACCUGUACUACGGGAACCUUUACCAUCAAGUAGAAACGAGGUAUAUGUGAACAGCUGGCCACCUACAGAAGACUCCCCUGCCAUUGAUAAAGAGGAGGCCCUGAGGAAACUACUGAACCUCCAGGUCUCCCUGGUAUCCGUUGAUAUUACAGCUCCUCCACCUUCAGUGGAUGAUCAGUUCCAGACAUCUUGGGAUAUGCACUCAUCCCAGCCAAUGGAGAUUGAUGAGAAUCAGGUGGAAGAGGCCUCAGGAAAGAGACAAUCUAGAUUUUCGGAUCAAGGAUACAGUUCAAGAGACUCAAUGGUAAGGGAGGAGCCUCCUCCAUCCUCUCUUGCUGCACUGGCUAAAUUGCAGGAAGCCCUGUACCUAAACAGUCCCAUCUCGUCUGGAUUUUGUACGGAGACAAUGGAGAGCUGAUAUUAACAUGAGGAGUCAGGGUGGAGGAGCAUCUGUAGCCUAUCCCAUGAACACUUGGCGUGAAGCAGGAAUGCAGCUUAAUGGGCUGCCAGUCCAUUGCAGAGUGCCAAGUACACACAGGAGUGCCAUGUACGCACAUAUUCACAGCUUGAAAAACAACAACAUUGUUCUCAGGUUGUCAACAGGAAACCAGUGGAAACCCACAUAUUGUGUAGAUGUGUUUUAUUGUUUUCUUAGGUACAACAAGUGACAAUUAUUUGAAACCUGUGAACUGCUGUUUGUAGUGCUUACAUGAGCUUGAUAAUGCAAAAGAAAAAAGUCUUGUAACAUUUUAAAUGACAUUUUAACAGACAUAUGGACAUCUGUCCACUGAUUUCCAUUUAAACAGGUAUUACAUUUAAUAUUGCACAUAACCUUUUUGGUUAAAAUGGGUUUUCAUCACAGGGAAUCUACAAGCUGUCAUUUACGAUAUACUGAUUACUUUACCAUUGCAUGCAUUGCACUAUAAAUAACUUUCCGUGUAAAAACAAACAUGUAUGAAGAUUAUUUGUUUCUCAGUUUUCUCGUAGGUAGAUUUGUAUAAUCAGAUUAAUGGAUCUCCAUCACAUGGGGUUUUGAAUGUAAUACUAUAAUAGUACUUUAUUAAUAACUGCAAAUAAAAUAAAAAACUGCUUCUUUGGUUGUA